AGGCGCGGAGGGGAGCGGAGCUAUGUUAAACCUGGGGUACCGCUGAGGCGGGGCGGGCCAGGCCAGAGGCGGGGGCUCUCCGGCGGCGGGCGCGCAGGGGCCCGGCUCCCGAGGCGGCGGCAGGCAGCAUCUCGGCGCGGGGAGCGGCUCCGCAGCCACCGGGCCAAUGAACAUGUCAGUGUUGACUUUGCAGGAAUACGAAUUCGAGAAGCAGUUCAACGAGCAUGCGGCCAUCCAGUGGAUGCAGGAAAACUGGAAGAAAUCGUUCCUGUUUUCAGCUCUGUAUGCUGCCUUUAUAUUUGGUGGUCGGCACCUAAUGAACAAACGAGCAAAAUUUGAACUGAGGAAACCGCUAGUGCUCUGGUCUCUCAGCCUCGCCGUCUUCAGUAUAUUCGGUGCUGUUCGAACUGGUGCUUAUAUGCUGUACAUUUUGAUGACCAAAGGCCUGAAACAGUCAGUGUGUGACCAGAGUUUUUACAUUGGACCUGUCAGCAAAUUCUGGGCAUAUGCAUUUGUGCUAAGCAAAGCACCCGAACUAGGUGAUACUAUAUUCAUUAUUCUUAGGAAACAGAAGCUCAUCUUCUUACACUGGUACCAUCACAUUACUGUGUUACUUUAUUCUUGGUAUUCCUACAAGGACAUGGUGGCUGGCGGCGGCUGGUUCAUGACCAUGAACUAUGGAGUACACGCUGUUAUGUACUCUUACUAUGCCUUGCGGGCUGCUGGCUUCAGAGUCUCACGCAAGUUUGCCAUGUUCAUCACCUUGUCGCAGAUCACUCAGAUGUUGAUCGGUUGCGUGAUCAAUUACCUGGUCUUCUCCUGGAUGCAGCAGGGCCAGUGCCAUUCCCACGUGCAGAACAUCAUCUGGUCCUCUCUCAUGUACCUCAGCUACUUUGUGCUCUUCUGCCAUUUUUUCUUUGAGGCCUAUAUUGGCAAAACCAGAAAAGAAAGGAAGGUUGACUAGUGGUAGAAACGAGAAGCCAUAGCUCAGGGUCAUCAAGAAAAAAAAAAUUAUAAGAAAAAAAAAGGCACAAGGAAACAUAUAUGUAUGGUGCAGCUAAAACUUGGCAGCUUAGGGAAAGUUAGCUUGGUUUAACCCAGUAAGUUUAUGAUCCUAUCAUGGUGAGGACUCACUGAAUUCUACUCUAUCUCAAAGGACUGCUGAUGAAAGACAACUUCCUUCUUGUACCUGUCUGCUCUAGAAAAGAAAGGUGGAAAGAAAGAAGGGGGAAAAAAAGAAAAGAAAAAAGGAAAGAAGAAAGAAAAGAAAAGAGAAGAAAAGAGAAAUGGAAUAAUGUUGAGGGGGGGGAAGUAUGUUAAAUAAGCAGUGUGUUUCCCCAGGGUGGAGGAGAGACUUUUAUUUUUAAAAGAAAAAGAUUUCUAAAUCCUUUCUAAUAAUUUCUCAGCAUUAAACUUGAACAAAACAAAGCAGAAGUGACAAAAAAAAUCUGUCUAUGAUAGCAGUAAGAUUGCAGAAUUAAAAUCUUUUCCAUAGAAGGUUGAUACCUUUAGCCAAAAUGAAGCUGAAAAGGAUGUUUCCUGCAUGGAAACUUGCUGAACUCCACACUGUGGUCAUGAAUGAAAAAGAGAAGAGAUUGAUUUCUCUGCUAUGUACUCUGUCAGGAGAGCAGAUCUGGGACACAGAGUCACCUCCCUCAGAAGGUAGAAAGGAGCAGUACUUUUACAAGAGUUUAAUGUGAAAAGAUGCACUGUUGCAAUACAUAUCUCAGAGAGUGCAUUUUCCAAGUGCAUUUUUCAGUUAAAGGCAAGGAAUUUCUACAGCAGGAUAAGUCAUAGAGGGUUAAAUCAAUCAAUCAAUAUUUGCUAAAUUAACAGGGGCUAAUAGCAGAGGGAUGUUCAGGAAGGAGAGGGAGACAACUCCCCUAAUGUGAUUUUUAGGAAUUAUCCGUUACUCUUAAUUUAGCCUGCAGCAACACUGAAUUAAAUGGGGGAAAUCGGAAGAAAUCCUAGUUAGUGAGAAGAGAGUGAUAUAUCUGCCCACUGUUUUCAGAACAGAGCCCUGUGGUACAACAUGGAUUCCGUGUUUUUGUGGACGCAAGGGUGCCUGCCUGGGUUGGAAGAGGUGGCAGGACUGCACGACAUUGGGUAUCACUGUGCUUCUGCAUCUGCCUCCUGGGCAGUGCAAAGAUGUUUAAAGUGCCCUCCUCUGGUCAUGUGGAGAUACUACUACAAAACAUACUUGGAAUAGGUUUUUCUUGAGAUUUGUAUAGGAAAAAUUAGUCUAAACGAAGUAAUUUUGCUGCAACAGCUUGACUCUAAAGUCCAGAGAGAAUUAUCUUCAUUAAAUAUAUAUGUAUCUCUGCAGAAUCUGUACUGUAACUGACCACUUAAGAGGACAUUCUUUCUUCUAUGAAGUCAGCUACAGAUAUAAGGAGAAACAUAUUUCACUCUGAACCUUAGAGAGUUAGUUGAGAACAGCCAUAUUCUUUCAAAGACAAGUAGGUUGCAUUAUCUGUGAUAUUUCAGUCCUUACAAAGCCAAAUAAAAUGUGUAAAAGUUCCUAGUAUUUCAAAGACGCAAGUAUGUAAACUUGAUGUUAAAUGUGUUAAUGUAGUAUUCUAAAUUGUAACAGCUAGGUAGUUUAACUAAAAAAUUAGAAGAACUAGAUCAACAAAAUAGGGACUGCUGUUCUGCAUAGGAUAUACACACACCUAUAACUACACCCAUAUACACAUUCUGUGAAUUGUCAACAAGAAAAAGCAGCCCAGUGGCAGAGAAUCACGUUUCCUGGCUAAUGCAUAAGAUUGUCAUUAUCUUUCUUGCUUUAAUUUGAGAUUGUACAGUACAAAAGGGUUUUCUUAAUUAUGAUUUUUAGCUUUAAUUGUGCUGUCAUUCAUGAAACAGAGCUGCUUUAGUAUCCUGUUAAGAGAUGACAAGGGCUUUCGGUGUCUCAUUAUAUACAAAAGAAAAACAAAUAAAGUUACAUUCCAUAUUAUGUGAAUGGUCUUACAAAUCAAAAGCCUAUUCAGGCUAAAAUCAUAAUUAUAACAAGCAGAAAAUGAGUUUACAUUUGUGUUAUUUAAGUUAUUGAUGUGCUGACGUUAUUUUAUCGUACAAAACAUAGCAAAAUGUGAUAUGCAGUAAUGAAGCUAUGAUAUUCAUUAAUAGGACUACUGUAUACGUGGAAAUAUUAGACAAAACCAAUUAAAUGUGUAAACCAAUUUUGUUAUACAGCUUGGGAGUAGAUAAUUGUAAUGCUAAAUAAGCCUUUUUCCUCAUGUUUAAUUUUGCCCUGGCUAAAAAGCAGGUUAAAAAGACCGAUUAAGAGUGGAAAAGGCAAAAUUAAAGUCAAGCUGCAAUUAGCUGAUAAGCAUUGGUAGAAGUCCACCAUGGUGCCAUUUAGACCCUCAGUCCUGUGUGUCUUGAGUUCUUCAAAUAGAGCAAGAGGGGGUGGAAGUGGUCCAAUGUCUGGAGCUGAAGCUGGAGCAGAAGUCUUGGACUCUGUGAAGUCAGUGGAGGCUUUGCUUUGCUUUGAACAGAGCUGGCGUGCCUGACUGCCUUUUGUCUGAGCAGAGGGGAAGGAACUGUGCACAUCUGCUGCUACUUUGAGGCUUAUGACUCAUGACUUAAAAACCCCAUAAACUUUAUCUAUAAGAAGUGAUAUCGCAGCAUGGCAGGGACUUGUGGCCUCAGUGUAACAAAGGCAGAAAACAGGAUGGGUUGCAAACAACCACCUACCAUGUUUCAUACUCUGUUUUCCUUAAUGGUAUAAAAAAACCCCACACCUCUCUGUGCUGGAUGGCAAUGCUGGCAAUGCUGACACUGACUUCAGUGGAGCAAGAAUUUCACCUGCUCCUUCCCCAUCCUCCCAAAGCCCUCGUAGGUACCUCUGCACCAUUCCCAGCACCUGCUCCUCGAUGUGUCCACUACCCUACUAGCCAAGGCUGGGCGGGCAAGGGCCAGCUUCCUUGCUGCCUGGGAAGUGGCUCCAGCGCAGACACCACCCCAAGUGACCUCCUCAACAGACAGUGCACAUGUACCCCUGGUGUGCAGGGGUUACUCAGCACAAAUUCAGUGAGCACCCUGGCGGAGGACUAGGCUGCAGACAAGCGUACAUCUAGGGAAGGGGCAGCAAGAUCAGACACGUAAGGUACAGUGGUAAAUUAGGGUACAUUUAUUGUCACUCUGGGAAUUGGCUGUCACAAUGCCAUUUGCUUCAGGAGAUGACAUCACACAUGCAUUUACACAGGUCCUAUGGCCUUACUAUUCCAUUAGACUUUUCCUCUGAGGUUUUCCACUGAAGUCAAAGGUGUAACUGGCAUUAAAGAAUUUGAGGAUAAGACAAAAGCAAGUUACAUUGUUUUUCUUACUUCCCCCCAAAAAAACAUACAUGCAUAAUAUUUAGACAUCACAUUUAACCCACUCACAUGUACCAACACUGAGCCAGUCAACCCUAAUGUAGUGACACCUCAGCAAUACUCCAGCUGUUCCAACCUAUGAGCCACAAGAUAAUUGGGUCUUAUUUAUUUCUGCUGAUUUGAGCCUUGGAGUCACGCUUUCAAGGUUUUUUGCCCAGUACCAGAACCCUUUUUUCUCUAAUUGUUUUAAAGAAAGUUGUAAUUCUGUUGCUUGCACACAUGCCACGGGGAACUCAAACUUUAUAUAAAUUUACCAAGCAUUAUGGGACCUGUGACAGCCACAAGAGACACUGGAAAUUCUGUUAUGGGAUCCACUAUUGAAGUCAGGAAAGUUACACUGGUGAUAAGGUCACUCUGCCAGUGUCGAAGUCUGUGUUUUAUGUUUUGAUGCAUUAAUCUAACGUACUGAAAUAAAACCAGAAAGGUCGGUAUGGAUUUAUGCUUAGGCAGCUGCCAGCUGAAUUUGGCCCUUCCUUAACACUGCUUCUCUGUAGUGAACACUUUAAGGAAAAUAUUUUCAGCUAGUUAGCAAAAGAACAAAAACUUGGGUAAUUCUGCGGCCUCUUUAGAUUGUGCCUGUGAUGAGAAGGAAACCCCUUGUUCUUGCAGACCUUCUGUAACUCAGUCAAAAAUUAUUUAUGUCUGGGCUCACUGAUAACACACAACUAGGAACAGCUGGCUCCAAAAGAGACCUCUCACCAGAAUCUCACAUUAAAAUAAUACAAGAUAAGGGCCAAAGUGUGCAAAAGGAAUCACUCGAAACAGCCAAGCAUCGGUAGUAGGCAUAAAAUAUUGAGCACAAGUUGCAGGAGAGGCAAGGAGGGAGACAUUCCAUAUGCCAGGACAAAGUAUUUCCAGGCUGAAUGCUCACUCCUUUCUGAGAUGAGGAAAGGCAACAUGGAAAAAGAGUGGGCUGCAUAGCACCAGGUGCCCCAGAUGAGGUGGCUGGAGGAAUAAGGCUUGUGUGUAGGGGUUCCUACUGCAGAAGUUAAUUAGGAAGUGGCUCCUUCAGUGCAAACAUGGGUCUAUGGAUUUGUUUGUAGGAACAUCCAUCAUCUAAUAAUUUUUUCAAGUCCUGAGUGUAUUUUAUUUUUCUCUCCUGAAAGUAAAAAUCUGUGACAUUUUAGUUGAAAGCAGUGGUACCUCAGGGAUCAAUAUUCAGGUGGCUUCAGGCAACAAAGAGCAUAAGAGACCAGUUAUUAUGACCACGAAAGAGCAUUGUAAGCAGUGCGAGAUAUACUGCAUUAAUGCUGUAAUAUCUUUAGUAGUUUGAGUCUAUCCUGUGCUUCAGAACCAGUAGCAGAAGUAUAACAGCUUUAUAUACAAAUCAUAUACACACUCAUACUUCAAGUAAUAAAGAUGGCUUUGACUGAGGAAUAAAUCAAAGCAGAUUUCAGACUAUACCACCUAAGCUCAGGACUUGUUCCAGUGCCUACUGAAAGUGAGAUUGUUGGUGAGAUGUCCAGUGACUUCAGGGAGCUUUACUUCAGCCCACUGGAGACCACUUGCAGACAGUGAUGCAAGACCUAAAUUCCCUUGUUUGCUUAGUUGUGACAUGAACCACCCGGGGCAUUACUCAGGCGCUGACAUGGGUCUUCAGUCAUAUUUUCCAGCCUAGCAUCAAUGAACCCUCUAAAACGGAAGAAUUACAACUCAGAAUUGUUGGUGGGUUUUCACUGUUUUAUUUCAAUACAUUUUCCAUUCCAUUUAUUUUAUUAAAAGCAAGCAAAAGACAAGUCCCUGAUCCUGCAAUCGUCAACGCUCCAUUGCAGUCCAUGCAGCAAUACAUGGGCACAGAAACCUUUUGCUUACAGGGGUAAAGGCAGGACCAGGAUCUUAUUACUGACUUAAUAUCUAGCAGAGCAAACAUCACAGGGUAGCAUUUGAUUUCUUAAAUUAAAUCAACUGUACCAACACAAAUAACAUUUGAUCUGCACAUUAUUUUGACAGCUAAGGGGAACCAGGGCCCUCCCCAGGACAUCAUAAUGUAAAAUGCUGCAUGAAGAGGGGUUAGAGUGUAUUUCCCAAUGGGUACAAAGUAAUACUCCCCUGAAAGAGUGACCUUCCUGAGAAAUCUCACAUCUGUCCAAUCCUGGACAGCUUCAAAAAGGCCUGUCUGCUGAAAAAACCCAGCUCUGAUUGACUUAUCUGCUUUCUCAAAAGGGCCACUACAUGCUUGAGGCUUUUUGGAGCCUUAAAGCUUAAGCUAGAUUUAUAUUCAGAAAAAAAAAACCUUAAAUAUGUGUACAAUAACUAGAAGAAAUAGUAUGAUAAAUAUCUUUAUUUUACCAUUUUCAAAUGGCUAUUUCAUUACAUAAAAGGAAAUUUUUAUUUUUAUUUUUUUGGGGUAUAUUGAUAUUCCAAAUAAAAUUUUAACUUUUGGUUCAAAUAAAA